AAAAUUGACAUUUUUGACACUUCCUGUGCGAACUCUUAAAAGGUCAUUUUAUUAACUUGAGAAGUCAUAAGUGAAGCACACUUCUAUCAUGGCAUGUAGCAAUUAUUUUAAAAUCUCCAUCGAGAAUAAUAAGACCUUCUCCUGGCGGAUGAAACUAGUCGAAUUUCACCAAUUCUGUGAGAAAUGAAAAUUAAGAUCCUUGUAUAUAUUUCCUAAAGAAGAAUAGACUCUCAAAGGCAAAGAAAAGGUUAAUUUUGUUCGACAACGUUUCACCCCUUCGUAGAUGUUUUUGCUCAGUGUAUUUUGAUGAGUCGUGUUUUGAUCUAUGUAAAUGUUUGUUUGACCAAGAAGCUUGAAACAAAAAGAAUGAAUAUUUGAUUCCCACAGUCUAUUUGGCUGGAAUCGGUCUUAGCAAAAACAGAAAAUGGAUUUAGCUGGACUACAACAGGUUGGACUUGAAUUCACAAGUAUUUUAAGAACAGAAUUACAAUUAUUGUGGAAGAGAAGUCAAAAAAUGAAAUCCUUUAACAAAAUAUGAGCUGGUUGAAUAUAAUCAAAGCAUCAUUUUGAUAUCUUAGCCACCAUGAGGAGAUCAGUAUGAACUGUGAAAUAUUGUAUGCAUGAUAAAAACAAAUCUGACAGUUUUCUUGAUACAUUGUCCAUGAAAAGUUUUGGGGAAUCUUUUGGGUUAUCGCGCAUUUAUCGCGAGAUUUUGAUUUAAUAAUAAAGUUAAAGAUGAAAACAACAGAGUAUUUAGCUUUCGCAAUAGGAUCACCUGGACGAUUUCAAGUUGUUUUGUGUUUAAUGCUGUCCGUUUCGUCUUCCUUCGUCAGCUGGGGUCAUCUUGGAAUGGCUUUUUAUGCUGCAGAAACUGAACAUCACUGUCUUCUUCCAAACUCCUCGUGGAACAUUAAAGAUUUCAUACCGACUGUAAAAGAAAACGGCAAAGAAGUGUUAGAUCGCUGUCAUCUUUAUUCCGACGUCAAUAAAACUACGAAAAUAUCCUGUACUCAUGGUUGGACCUAUAAUCUUUCUGGUAAAGAAACAACAAUUAUUUCAGAGUGGGAUCUUGUCUGUAAUGACGUUUACAAAAGUAACAUUGCCACUGUACUAUAUAGUUGUGGAAUGAUGUUAGCAAUACUAUUUGGUCAGCUGUCAGAUAAAUUUGGAAGAAAACCUGUGUUUCUGUUUACAACUUUCUCACCUUUCAUUGUGGGCAUUGUCAUUUUCUUCAACAAUAACUACAUCAUUUUUUUACUUUCUCGUUUUGCUCUUGGCUUUCUCUUGGAGGGAUUACAAUCAAUAUCAUACAUCAUAUCAAUUGAACUUUUCGCCUGUAAAUAUCGAACGACAUUCACGAUAGUCAAUGCAUUAUUCUGGGGUAUUGGUGUUAUGAUUCUUGCUCUUAUAUCUUUUGUGUUGCAAGAUUGGAGAAAGAUCCAUCUAUUUACAACUGCCUGUGUGUUGGUACAGUUGCCUUUGAUCUGGUUUUUGCCGGAGUCCUUUCGUUGGUUGAUUACACAAAAUAAAGUUGACGAUGCAAGGGCUGUAGUUGAAAGGAUAACAAAGUUUAACAAGUUAAGUUUUCCUCGUGAGAUAUUCGACGACAUCGCUCAUUUCGUGAAUGACAAGGAUGACUUGCGUUCCACGAGAGUUUACACGUUUUUUGAUUUGUUGAAGUCACGUGAGCUGAGAAAGCGAUUGGUGAUAGCAGCUUUUGUUUGGAAUUCAAUCGUGCUUACAUAUGUUGGCCUGACACUCGAAAAUUCAAAACUUGCUGGCAAUAAAUAUCUUAAUUUCUUUAUUGGUGGCGUUUUAGAGGUCGUCAUUGUCGUUAUAAUAAUGUUCAUCCUUCACAGAUGUGGUCGUAGGAAACUUGCUGGUCUUUUUUUGAUACUUGCUGGUAUAGCGUGUUUGGUUUCUGUCGCUCUACGAAAUAACAAUGAGUCUCUUGAUCCCCUGCGAACAUCCCUAUCUCUGUUUGGACGGAUGUGUCUUUCUGGGGACAUGGCCGUUAUGCUUAUUUAUACAGCCGAGUUAUUUCCAACAGUUGUAAGAAGUGUUGGUUUCGGUUUUUCUAUGUUUGGUGCAAGGGUUGGCUAUAUUUUAGCUCCACAAAUCAACCUGAUUGGCAGCUACACGUAUGAAUGGGUGCCGUAUGUUAUUUUUGGAAGUUUUGCUCUCCUUGCUGGGCUGUCCUUGAAAGCAAUGCCUGAGACUCUGAAUGUUAAACUUCCUGAAACUAUUGAAGAAGUACACAAAAAGACACAGUCAAACAACGUAGCAGGAUUUUCUCUCACAAUAAUGUCAAAGACAGAAAAUGUUGAACUUCUUGACUCUACUGAGAAAGAGAGUAAUACAAACUCAAGAAAUGUGGCAGGAUCUUCUUUCACAGUGAUGUCAGAGACAGUGAAUGUUGAACUUCCUGAAACUAUUAAAGAAAAGGACAAGACAAACUCAAGCAAUGCAGCAUGAAGACAAGAGGAAGGCAAACAAUAUAAAGCAAUAAAACCAUAAAAAUAUAAACAAGUUUCGGCAAAGACUAUUUACCAGGAUUUGAUGAUCACUGGGGUGUAGUUGGGGAUUCUUGUGUAUCCAUGGAAAUAAUCGGUGGAACUCUAUUCAAAAUAAUCGUAUGAUAGGAAUAUAGGAUGCAUUGGAUUUACAAGGAAUCUGGCGUAUGAUUGCUUGACAUGAACGUAGAACGUUUACACACGAACGUGAAACGUUGAAAUACCAACACAAAAAUUGGAUGAAUUCAAAUAUUUAGGUUCAUGAUGUGCAUAUAAUGUACAGAGUGAUUUAAAAACUUCAACUGUAUGUGUAGUUUGCAUAGGAGACAAUUCAAAUUUGCAUACCAUUGCUUUUGGUAAUGUAUUUUUGUAUUUUGCUGUUUUAUCAACUUGUAUUUAAGUAUAAUAAGGUAUUUCAGUCUCAUGUUCUGAAAUUCGUAUAUUUUAAUGUUACAUGGUUUGGUUUUCAUACCACUUCCACAGCUGAGUCAAAUCGCUUUAGGAAAAAGAUGCAAAUUGUAUGUGAUGAUGGGGGAACCGAAUGAACGCAAGGCCAAUCUGGAAUAAAAAUUAAUCAUGUAUAAGUCUUAUAGAUGUAGUCUCGUGUGUCAACAUUUGAAAUUUAUCCCAUAUACUCUCAAAUUGAUCCAAUGUUGGUUUUGAACAAAAGCUUACUGUUGUUGGUGGACGUAUCAACGUUAUGAUGUUAUUUUAAUCAUUAGUCACUGUUUUUUCAUGUACGAUAGAUUUCUGUUGCAUCAUGUACGUGUAUUGUA